CGCAGAUGUUUCAACUGCAAGCAAGAGGGACAUCGUUCAAACGAUUGUCCAAUGCCAAAAAACCAGUCUUGCUUCAACUGUGGACAAACCGAUCACCCUUCCCGUGAAUGUCCUCACCCGCCGAAUCAUCAGGAUCGUCUCAUGGAUGAACUGCAACGAAAACCUUUGUCGACGUAUGUCCCAAAAGAUGAAGACGUUGAGUUACUGUUCAAAGAACACAUCGAGCAGGGCGAGUUGUUUACGAAAUUGUUUGAAGCCGAAGUGACCCUUAAUGAAGGUGGUCUGCAUGGGAGAACUGAGAGGGGGAAGAAAUUUACUUCCUUCGAAGAGCUCGAUUUACCAACAGAAAUUGCUAAAAAUGUGAAUAUUUGUGGGUACAAGAGUCUAACACCCAUUCAGCAAUAUGCCAUGCCUGCUAUUAUAAAAGGACGGGAUCUGAUGGCCUGUGCACAAACUGGCUCUGGAAAGACAGCCGCAUUCCUUCUGCCUGUCAUGACUAAUCUGAUGAAGACUAACAACCUGAGUAAUACAGCAGAGGGCACGUGUUGCCCCCGAUGCAUAAUUAUUGCACCAACUCGUGAGCUAGCUGUGCAGAUAUACAAUGAAGCGCGCAAGUUUGCAAAUGGAAGUGUUCUUCACGUUGCGUGCAUUUACGGAGGAACGGCUGUUAUGACACAAAGACAGCAACUCCGUCGUGUAAUUUUUAAAUAUUAA